AGAAACAGGGGAAGAGAGAGAGAGAGAGAGGGCAGGGCAGGACAGGGCAGGGAGGGGCAGAGUGAGGUUGCAUGCUGGUGGUCAUGGCAGUUGGAGGUACUUCUUCCCUCUCUCCCUUCCUGAGAAAAUGAUCGAAGAAGACCAACGAUGAGGAGGAUUAGAUGCUUGCUUAUUCUGUGCUGUGAAGUGGAGGUGGUGCAGGCAGCAGAGAAGGAAGAGGUUGUGUGCGAGGGGGAGAUAGAGAGAGAAAUGCUUCCUUGCAAAGAAAGCCUGAUGUAACAAUCCAAAACUGAUGCAGAAUUGAAGCAUCUUGUUAUUAAGAUAUUCUAACAAAGUUUAGAGGAUAUUUGGUCUAUUCGACACCCAGUUGGUUAUAGAAUCAUCUGUCUUGGUGGAACUCAGGCAGCUCAACCAAUCGAAGUUCCUCAUAUUCCCAGUUUAGAAAAUCAUCUCUCUUGGUGUAGCUCAAGUAACCUGAAUAUGGACAUCAUGGCAGAAAAUGGUAAUCAGUUAAAGCAUCUAGGCCAUCAAAUGCACAACCAAAACUCACCGUCUACUCAGUCAACUGGUCAACCCCAUCAAGAAGUAUCAGAAACAAGUGAUUGCAACAACCAUGAGCAACAUAUUUCAUCACAAUCUGGCAUAAAUAAUACACCAAAAAAGCCAGUUGAAUGUCAUAUGAAGGCAGUUCUAUCACUAGGGGCUUCAGAAGCUACCUAUGCACCUCCAAAACUUGAUUGUAGCCAGCCUUUUGCUUGUAUAUCAUAUCCAUAUGCUGAUAUAUACUAUGGAGGCAUCCCGGCAGUAUAUGGACCACAUGCUAUAAUUCACCCCCAAAUGGCUGGAGUAGCAUCCUAUGCUCGAGUACCUUUGCCUACUGAACCUGCUGCUGAAGAACCCAUUUAUGUGAAUGCAAAACAAUACAGUGCAAUCCUCAGAAGGAGGCAAUUUCGUGCAAGGUUGGAGGCUCAAAACAAACUUAUGAAAUCUCGAAAGCCAUACCUUCACGAGUCUCGACAUCUUCACGCGAUGAAACGGGCAAGAGGAUCAGGGGGACGUUUCCUUAACACGAAACAGCAGCAGCAGCAGGAGGAUGCUCCGCCUUCUGCCAUCAUGGUGUGCCAGGAUGCCCCGGCUUCUAAAUCCUUAUCCGGUGGUCGUCCUACUGGCUCGUCUGCCACAUUAACCACCUCCAACACGAUGAUGGCUUCGACCAGCGGAAGCAGGACAGUGCAGCAGGAUCAGUUCGGCUUUUCUUCAUCCAAGUACCGCCCUCAUGCUGCGGUGUCUGUUCAAGGUGGCUGCAGCAAAAUGCAAAAUGGCUCCGAGCAUCGAGUCCCUCCGACGAGGUAAACCACGGAACAACCCAUCAUAUCGUGUUUCACUGCGUUUGUUGCUUCCCUGGCAAUUCAUCCUUGGCUUACUGUGUUUGGACCAAAAAUGGUUUGUUCCGUGUGGGAUGAACUAUGUUUGCUUCUUGGAUAAUCGUCGUCCUGGAUGUGUAUGGUUACAGAAGCUGAACCCACUUCGAUUUAAACCUUCAUGUUGGUUCGUGUUGGUUGUGUACGCUUGAAGUCGCUGAGGAUAGACUGAUAUUGUUCAUGUAGUAAAAUUUCGAUAAAACGAGAUGGAAAAAAUUAGAAAAAAGAAAUAUGUUUAUUAA